UUGAGAGCUGAGGGCGGGAGGGAGGGAGGAGUAAGAGGCUGGGUAACUCAGUAUGCCCUCAACCUUCGUGGUGUGAGGACGUGUGCCAAGGAGGGUUCUGUGUUGCCCCGCCCUCCGCGCUCGCUCUCGAUACAAAACUUCGUACGCUCCAAGAACACGAAUGCUAUUGGUUCUGAAGGCAAGACCGAGGCAAAUUACGUAUAAAAUAAGUCAUUCACACAUACGUACUGCAUAAUAAGUGGUGAAUUUUACGAGUUUUAGUCUGUUUUUGUUCAGUCGCGUCGUUAAACUUUUGUGAAAGAGACGAUUGUGGUGGAAGAGGACGAGGAAAAAUAAACCGCAGUAAACAUUUGAAUUAGUGAAGAAAAAUAUUUACGAAACACAAAAUAAAGAGAAAAUAUGUAACAAAGCAAAUAAAAAAAGACAAGAAUGCAAUGAAGAACGAUAGUGAAAUGUGUUAAACUGUUUGAGAAGAAAAAAAAAGGAAAAAGAUAAUUAAAUAAGGAGACGUGGAAAAGUUUAAAAAGACUGAAAAGACUUGGACUGAUACACGGAAACUUAACUGAGAGAGAGAGAGAGAGAGAGAGAGAGAGAGAGAGAGAGAGAGAGAGAGAGAGAGAGAGAGAGAGAGAGAGAGAGAGAGAGAGAGAGAGAGAGAGAGAGAGAGAGAAAUUCACUUGCUUCAUUUCUAACGUGUGUGUGUGUGUGUGUGUGUGUGUGUGUGUGUGUGUGUGUGUGUGUGUGUGUGUGUGUGUGUGUGUGUGUGUGUGUGUGUGUGUGUGUGUGUGUGUGUGUGUGUGUGUGUGUGUGUGUGUGUGUGUGUGUGUGUGUGUGUGCGUGCGCGCGCGCGCGCGCGCGCGUUUAUACCUGCCUGUUUGCUUAUCUACUUUGCAUAAACGAAUUAAUAAAUCAGUAAACAAAUAGCCAAACAAAUUCCAGUACAAAAAAAAACUAACAAUUGAGCGAAAAAAAAUAAAAAGAAACUAAGAAAAAGGAGAAAGGCGGGCAGUGAAAAAAAUAAAAUAAAAAGGCUCACGAAGUUUCAUGAAAUAUGCAAAAAGAAUAUACCGGAAUUAGAGGAAAUAUUGUACGUUGUUGAUUAUCAGCCAUAAAUUUUAUCCACAUAUUUAUUCAAGGCAGCGAGGAGAAUAUCGGCUUUUUUUCUUUCCGACUUUAUCAGUUUUUUUUUACACGGAAAUUUUGCUGCUGGGGGGAAAAAAAUAAUUAAAUAAGAAUGGAGAUCCGGUGAGAGAGAGAGAGAGAGAGAGAGAGAGAGAGAGAGAGAGAGAGAGAGAGAGAGAGAGAGAGAGAGAGAGAGAGAGAGAGAGAGAGAGAGAGAGAGAGAGAGAGAGAGAGAGAGAGAGAGAGACUAAAAAAACUAACGUGCACAACGACAUAGACAAAACAGAAUUACGAAAUCACUAUCAAACAUCCAGACAGACAGACAAACACACACAGACAGAAAUACCGCCAUGUGUUUUGCGUGUGACCAAAAAAACAAAAAAAUAAAGAAACAAACGGCUGUGCAAACCUAAUGAAAUUCAAGGUAAAAGAUAAAACAAAGGGAAAACAGGGAAAAAAAUAUAAGGCUGAAAAUGGAGGUGAAAUAAAAUGGUAACUAGAGAAGAGAGAAAAAGUGAAAAAAGUCAAACAAUACAAGAGAACGCAGUUAAGCCAAACAUUUAUAACUAAAGUGAAACAGUUGGACCAAAAAUUGACUAACAGAUGUAAGAAUAAAUAAAAAAAAAAAAAUCGGUGCCACAGAAAUAAAAGCGAAGAAAAAAAAUAAACGAUACUAAAAAUACAUACUACAAUAAGCCAAUCCUGUCACACGCUAAACUAUAAAUAACAAAAGAACCAUACAUUCACCCAUCCACACAUACACACACACACACGUAUCCAACCCUCAAAAAAGAAAGCUGAAAAAAGAAAACGGACCCUGUGAACCGUAAGGGGAGACCAAACAAGAUCGAAGAAAACAAACAAGAUCGAAGAAAACGAGAGGUGUUUUUGCUCCCUGCGAAAAAAGAACCUAAUUUAUUGAACCGACUCCCACCGCCACUUCUUAACCUCCUGAGGAAGAGAAGAGGAGGUCCGCUGGGCUCACGAAUAGCCCUCUCACACUCUACAGGAGGGAGAGCGAGAGGAGGGAGCACCAUGGGAGAGCCUGCGCGAGGUCAAGUGAUGGUGAUGGUGGUGGUGGUGAUGGUGAUGCUGACCAGAUGUGCCGUGGGAAGUCCCGAGCCAGGCUGGAAGGAGCAGACAGACUGGAAGGAGGAAGCGGAUCGCAACGGACCACCUCGGCGAGGCCCUCACCUCCUCCCAGGGCUGCCAACCAACAUCUCCGUGACUGCGGGAAGGUUGGCGACCCUGCCCUGCCGAGUGGCCAACCUGAAGGGGCGUUCGGUGUCGUGGAUCAGACAUGAGGACCUGAAGGUGCUGGCCACGGACGGGAACACCUUCACCACCGACAUACGCCUGCAGGUGCGGGCGUGGCGUACAGGCGCGGUGUGGGCGUGGGACUUGGAGAUCCACGAGGCAACCCUGGGGGACGCCGGUGUUUACGAGUGCCAGGUGAACACGCGGCCGAAGAUAUCACACCUGGUGACUCUACACGUGCACAUGGGGGGGGCGGUGAUCCCUGGGCCCCCGGAAGUGUACGUGGAGGCGGGAUCGCGUCUGCUCCUCACGUGCUGGGUACAGGCGCCCCCCGCCCUCCCGGCCCCAUCACCUGGCUGCACGACAUGGAGCCCAUCAACGCCAACGGAGGAAGGGGCGGGGUGAGCCUCCACGUGGCACAGGAGGGAGCCAAGGCCAGCGCCAGACUCUCCCUGACCAGCGUGACGGCUCAGGACGCGGGGAACUACACCUGCCAGCCGGAAAGCCUCGAGCCAGCGCAGGUCACUGUCUUCGUACUGCAAGACGAGGAGCCGCGGGCCAUGCACCACGACGGGGCGCCCGGAAAGAGUGCAGGGGGAUGCCACGCGCUGCCCUUGCUGCUGGCACUGCUCAGCCUCACCCUUAGAUGAUGGCACUCCACCACCUCCUCCACCUCCACCUCCACCUCCACCUCCACCUCCCCCACCACAGUCGCCUACACCUCUAAAAUUUCACCUACAGCGUCUCCACCACAAUUAUUAUAGAUUAUAACGUGUACAUCAAUCAUUAUCUCCUCCUCCUCCUCCUCCUCCUCCUCCAUUAACUCCUUUCCACUAAGAAGGAAGAAAAUUAUAAAAAUAGGCAAACUUUUGAUCCAGUAUAACAAGAAUGCAUUCUCUCUCUCUCUCUCUCUCUCUCUCUCUCUCUCUCUCUCUCUCUCUCUCUCUCUCUCUCUCUCUCUCUCUCUCUCUCUAA